UAAUGUUUCAACUCCAUCAAGAAAGACUCAUGUCGCCACCUGCUCUUUGUCCUCUUACUCAUCGUUUCAACGAUUCCCUUCUCAAAGAGAAAAAAACAUGUUGAGCAACUGUGAUCAUGAGAAGAUGGCUCUACUCAUCUCUUCAACUACUAACGAAUGGCCACAGAUGCAGCAGGAUAUUCAAAUCGAUGAUAUAGAUCAUCAAAGGGGCUUGAACAACAACAAUAACGCUAUGUCUUCAUCGACGUCGUCGUCGGCGAAUCGGAUAAUGGAGAAACCAGGUCAAGAACAACUCCAGCUCCAACAGCAAGCCCUAAAGUGCCCUCGCUGCGAUUCGUCAAACACCAAGUUCUGUUACUACAACAACUACAGCUUGUCUCAGCCGAGGCACUUCUGCAAGGCCUGCAAGCGCUACUGGACCCGAGGUGGGACCCUCCGCAACGUUCCAGUCGGUGGAGGAUGCCGAAAGAACAAGCGCGUGAAGAGGCCUGGCUCGACAUCUUCAACAUCAUCAGCCAUGGAUGGUGGAACUCCGUCUUCUUCCUCUUCAGUUCCUAGCACUACUGCUGCUGUUAAUAAAAUUCAACCCAACACCCGUCCACUCGACAAAUAA